AUGCGAGCUCUCAUCGACAUGGCCUCGAGUCCUCAGUAUCUCGCCCAUAGCGCGCACAGUCAGAUGGACACAAAUGACGGCUCUUGCGCCACUGGACACCCAGAUACUGUUUCCGCCUACCCGGAUCCAGACGAGAUAUAUACUUCUGUCUCGGCCUUUGACCAGCCCACUGUUGUCGACGACGACAACCUCUUGACCCCAGUUUCCAGUGCUGCUUCACCACCAUUACACCAGCGGUCUAAGGUCCAGUCACCGUAUCAUCAGCCUCAGGAGUCUCCGUGCCCACAGCAGCCAACUCCACCCAAUACAUCCACGAUGUACCCCUACCCAGACUUCUUGACCAGCACGAGCCAGGCGUCUUCUCCUAUGGCCGUGCCAGCAACAGUGUCGCAGGCACCCCACCACGACAUUCUUGGACCUUACAACAUCCACAAUUCCCCAGGCCAUGAAGACUCCAUCCCACCACCGCAGCCAAACCCAUACUUUGGUCACUACAGCGCAUCUAGCGUGUCUGUGGGGCCAGAUCCAGAUGGGCUGCCAUCAUAUUACCUACAGAAUGCAAUUAAUGAAAACUCCUACGGACUACUCCGUGGUUCAAGCCUGCCAGACAUCGGCAGCGGAUCCUACACACACAGGCCACUGGCUCCCAACCUGCUACAACACACUCAGCCAGGGCCAUACCGCCGCGACGUGGUCCCAAUAUCGAGGCUCUCGCCAUCAAACUAUGGACGCCCCCCACCGCUCCAGCUUAAGAGGCACUCUAGUCGGAAGCCCAGCGCCAGGAAGGCCCGUGUGAAGAAGGAGCAGUCGUCCAGCCCGCCAAUGGUGUCUCAGCCUUUCAGAGUCGACGAAGCCGGCAGGAGUGGCGACACAACUCGGCUGCCAGAAGAUGAGGUUGAUCUGGACCACAAGACGCCGGCUGACCUUAGACGGCUGUGGAACAUUAGGCAGAACUGGUACGGCAAGAGGGGCCACGGCAUGUGGGACAACAUCAUCAAGGACUUCCUGGGCCCUGAAGAAGCCGACGCCCUCAGCGAGGACAAGAAGACGCAGGUCAAGGCGAACCUGCAGAUGAAAAUCCACAGGGGCGUCUUGAGACACGGCUCCUGGCCACAGCGCGACAAAGCCGCACUGCUUCGUGCUUACGUGCGUUGGGAAGAGAACCGCUACAACGAGAUCUUCAGGAUGUUCAUGGAGGAGCUCCAGAGCGAGGGCCGCGAACCUGCAUACGAAUGGAAGAGCAUCCACGUCGAGGCCGAGCUCGUCAAGGAGGGCCUGGAGCAGAAGCAGCGCGAGCCGUCCAAGGCGCGCAGGAGGCGCGUCCAGGUCCCCGCGCGCCACAGCGCCCGCGCAGCCGCCGGGCUCGGACCCGCGCACGCAAAGGCCUCCUCUAUCCAGCACCCUGCGCCCCAGCAGCAACGGCUUCCGGCCAUGUUCGACCUGGCGACCGGGUUCAGCCACUACCCCAGCCAGCACUACGCGCAGCAGCAGCACCCGUAUGGUAUCGGGCACAGGCGGGAGAUGUCGGCGAAUUCCUCUUCGUACGACAUGCUGGUCGAGCAGCUGAACGCGCAGCCCCAGCCGCUUACGGACGAGCAGCACGAGCAGCUGAUCGACGAGUGCCUGGAACGGGCGUCCUUCGAGGCCAGCCCGGAGCCGGGGCUGGCCGCGCUGGAGCAGCACAACAACCAGCGCCAUGACGACGACAUCAAGAUGUCCGAGGACCCGUACCCGGAGGACCAGCUCCCCCGCAGCCGCCCGUCCUCGUCCUCGCUGCCUGCUAUCAACGGCAUGAUCGCCUCGGCGUCCGUGUCGCCCGACAUCAACACCCAGCGCAGCACCGCCAUGGCCAGGCAGGCGUGCGGCGAGUUGCUCAAGCAGUCAGGCCCAUCGCAGCACAGCAGUCACCACCAGUACGCCGGUGUGUAA